GAAUUAAUUAAUUAGAAACCCACCGCCGCCGUCAAUGCCUGGCUUAGAAAACCCUUGCGAUAUUUCUUUAAUCCGGUGAGGCGAGAAGAGGCUUAAUCGCUGUGUCUCCGGUCUUCAAUUCCACGGUAAAUAACUCUUCCAAGAUGUCCACCGCCACCCAGACAUCCAAGGCCGCCGCCGUCGCCGCCAUGCAAAUCGACGCCCAACCACAGCCGAAACGUGGAUUUCUCCAAAUCCUGGCGCAGCAAGCCUCCGUUUACGGCAUCGCCGCCGGAUACUGCAUCUCCGGUUCCCUGCUCUCCAUCAUCAACAAGUGGGCGGUGAUGAAGUUCCCCUACCCGGGCGCCCUCACCGCCCUCCAGUACCUCACCAGCGUCGCCGGCGUCCUCCUCUGCGGCCGCCUGCGCCUCAUCGACCACGACCCCCUUCACCUCCGCACCAUGUGGCGCUUCCUCCCCGCCGCCUUCAUGUUCUACGUCUCCAUCUUCACCAACAGCGAGCUCCUCCUCCACGCCAACGUCGACACCUUCAUCGUCUUCCGCUCCGCCGUGCCCCUCUUCGUGGCCGUCGGCGAGACGCUCUUCCUCCACCAGCCUUGGCCUUCGCUCAAAACCUGGGCUUCCCUCGGCGUCAUCUUCGGCGGCAGCGUGGUCUACGUGGCGACCGACUACCAGUUCACGGUGACGGCCUAUGCCUGGGCCGCCGCCUACCUCAUCAGCAUGUCCGUCGACUUCGUCUACAUCAAGCACGUCGUGAUGACCAUCGGCCUCAACACUUGGGGCCUCGUCCUCUACAACAACCUCGAGGCGCUGCUGCUGUUUCCCUUGGAGUUUUUGGUGAUGGGGGAGCUACGCGACAUGAAGAAGGCCGCCACCACCGGCGCUCAAACGGCCGAGUGGUUCUCUGUGGGGGUGGUGCUUCCGGUGGCGCUUUCGUGCCUGUUCGGCCUCUCCAUCUCCUUCUUCGGGUUCUCAUGCCGAAGGGCGAUCUCGGCGACGGGCUUCACGGUGCUGGGGAUCGUCAACAAGCUCCUCACCGUGGCCAUCAAUUUGGUGGUGUGGGACAAACACUCCACCUUCGUCGGCACGCUCGGACUGCUCCUGUGCAUGUUCGGGGGCGUGCUGUACCAGCAGUCCACCACCAAACCUAAGAAAGCAGAGGCCGCCGAGCCGCCGGCAGCGGUCGCCGACGACGAUGAAGAAGAACAGCGGCGUCUGCUGGAAGGGAACACCAGUACUCUCAAUGCGCAAAAUGCUUGACCGUCGAAGAAAAAUGAUACAUGAUGACCUGAUUCGUGAUCUGCUCUUCGAUCGUGAUCUAUCGGAUACAAAUCUGCAGAAGUAGCAAGAUUUUAAACUAGUUGUUGUUCGAUUAAUGAUCACGAGAAGAUCGUUCUGUAUUUCUAGAUUUUUUUUUCCAAGAUUAUAAAUGAUUCCGAUCAAUCGUUGGUAAAUUUGCAAAGGUAAUCAA